GUCCCUUCUUGAGCAAAAUAUAACUCUCCCCAAGUUGGUGCAGUAUAGUACACAACAACCCCUCCUCCUCUCCUCCCCAAAAAAAUCUUUGAAAAGCUACCCAUUAUUUCUCUGUUAUAUUGGCCUCCUGUUUGUUGUUGUCAUUGCUAUUUAUUGCCAUUUCCCUCUCCCUUUUGAUACCCUUGCUUCCAAAAUCUGAAGGGCUUGUUUUGGUGUUACCUCUCUCUCACUUCUUCUCUGAGUUUUCUGAUACCUUCCUUGGCCAUUUUCUAUAUAUAAACACCAUAUAGCUAUUCCUCGAGCUUUUUUCUUCUGCAUUCUGUUCCUUUCUUUAUCCCUCUUGGUGGGUUCUCUAGUGGGGUUUCAAUAGGGUCCCAUUUGUUUUCGUUAAUCCUUCACUAAAGUUUGCAACUUUAUCCACUGGGUUUCAAUCCCUUCAUUCCCUUUGUUGGUUAAGUUCAGCUAACUUCUCUUCUUUGCUAGUAACCCAUCUAAAACCAUGGCCAAUUCCCCCUGUUUUUGCUCUGUUCCCACUUGGCCCGUUUAGGAAGAACUCCACAGUCUCUUCUUUCUAGUCGUUAAUUAGUGAGAACAGGAAGUCGUCGGAAAAUGAGGAGUACAUUGUUCAGCUUCAACACCAGACAUUUCCUUGUGGUUGUGUGCACGUUGUAUUUAACCAUUUGCUGUAAUGGAGAACCAGUAUCAGUAGCAGCAGGAGACAGUAGUAGUGAUGAUGGAGGAGGAGGAGCUCCAAUGGAGUCAGGCGAGAAAGCUGCACUUUUUUCAGCCAUACAAGGGUUUGUUGGUAACUUGUGGAAUGGCUCUGAUCUUUAUCCUGACCCUUGUGGUUGGAGUCCCAUCCAGGGGGUAUCCUGUGAUAUAUUCAAUGGGCUCUGGUAUGUAACCGAGUUAAGCAUUGGACCGGUUCAUGACAACUCACUGGGGUGUGGCCCAAAAGUCGAGUUCAGGCCACAGCUCUUCCAACUCAAGCACCUGAAAUCUCUCUCCUUCUUCAACUGCUUCAUCAAGCAUCCAGUCUCCAUCCCUCCCAACAACUGGGGAAAUCUUGGGUCAACCCUUCAAGUCUUGGAAUUCAGGUCAAACCCUGGUCUAACCGGUCAGGUCCCCACAAGUUUAGCCAGCCUGGUCAACCUUCAAUCCUUGGUGCUCAUUGAAAAUGGACUAACAGGUGGGUUGCCAGCAAACAUUGGCAACUUGGCAAACCUUAAGAGACUUGUCCUGGCUGGAAACAGAUUCAGUGGCAGGAUCCCAGAAAAUUAUGGUCUGUUAAGCAAGAUGUUAAUUCUGGACUUAAGCAGGAAUCAACUGUCUGGUCCAUUGCCUUCAACUUUUGGUGGGUUGACUUCACUCCUUAAGCUUGACCUAAGCAACAACCAGCUCCAGGGAAAUCUCCCAAGUGUGAUUGGGAAUCUGAAGAACCUGACCCUUUUGGACCUGAGGAACAACAAAUUCUCUGGUGGACUGACCAAGUCACUGGAGGGUUUGACUUCAUUGGAGGAAAUGGCAUUGUCGAGUAACCCACUUGGUGGAGACCUCAUGGGCCUACAAUGGCACAAGCUGCAGAAUUUAGUGGUUCUGGACCUGUCCAACGUGGGCUUGGCAGGCCUGGUUCCCAAUUCUGUUGCUGAAUUGAAGAGGCUGAGGUUCUUGGGUCUUAGUGACAACAAUCUCACAGGAAAACUCUUGCCAGAAUUGGCAACUCUGCCUUGUCUCAGUGCACUCUACCUGAAUGGGAAUAACCUGACAGGGGAUAUUCAAUUUCCUGACGUGUUUAUGGGGAAGCUCAGGAGAAGGUUUGGAGCUUGGGGGAAUCCAAACCUUUGUUACCCAUUGGAAAUGGUUUCUCCAAGCAAUGCACCAUAUGGGGUAAAGCCAUGCCAGCUGGGUGAAGAAGAUGAUGAGCAAGUCAAGUUGCUGAAACUAAAUGCAAAUUCCAAGUGGGAGAAAAGAGGUAAUACCAAUGUGGGUCAGAAGGAUUCUGGUGGUUUAAUAAUGGCGUCUUGGGGUUCCCCAAGCUUGGCCAUUUGUGGGGUUUGGUGGGUUUUACUUGUUGAAAUAGUUGUUGUUGUUCUUUGUUCUGGUUCCUGUUGAAUUUGUUUCGCUGCCCUUAUGUUCUUAAACAGAGAGGUGGGUCUGGUGUCAGAUGUAACGUUUUCUUUUUGGGUCACUUGUUAUUCUAUGUCGCUUCAGCUGAUAAGAAUGGUGACAACCUAACUUAGUAGAAGAGGAUAUUGGCUUUUGUAUGUAGUAAAAUGACCGCAGAACCUUCCCAUUGCCUGAUAUGAUGCCUGUCAUUACCAUCAAUCCACUUGGAUUGUUUGCAAGAAAGAUUCUAUAAAGAAUAUGCUUUUUG